UUGACUAAAGUUUACAGCCCCACAAUUUUCUUCCACUUGGGGUCUCCCAAUAAGCUCUUGUCUCUUUCCACAAGUCUCUCUCUGAAUAUAUAUUACUGUAUCUGAUUCACUUGUAUGAGUAUUUCUAUUCAAGAUCUUAGUAAAACCAUUAGUCAAACCCCAUGUAUUCCUCUUCAUUUUUUGUUCAAACAUCUCCAAUCUCUCAUUCAAGCCAUUUGCUAAUGGCACCAAACCAUAAGCGCUUCUACAAACUUGGAUCUCAGGUUCUCACACACAUAAAAAACCAGGCAAACCCAAUUCAUCAGCCAGCACAGCCUACUUCAGAGUCUGCUUUUCCUAUAUUAGCCAUUGCUGUGCUAUGCAUCAUGGCCACAGCUUUCUUACUAGUUAGCUACUUUCUUUUUGUGACCAAAUGCUGUUCAAACUGGCAAGAAGUUAAUCUGCUGAGAUGGUUUUCUGUACUGCGAGUCCAAGAAAGUGAAGAUCCCUUCAUAGCCUUGUCUCCAACAAUGUGGAAUCAUGGACUUGAUGAAUCGGUCAUUCGUGAAAUCCCAACAUGUCAAUUCCAAAGAGAAGACGAGGAGAAAAGAGUGUGUUGUGCAGUUUGUUUGAAUGAGUUUCAAGAACAAGAUAUGCUUAGAGUUCUUCCCAAAUGCAGCCAUGCAUUCCACUUGGAUUGCAUUGAUAUAUGGCUUCAAAGCAAUGCCAAUUGUCCCCUUUGCAGAUCAAGCAUUUCAGGCAGAAGCCGGUGUCGGAUUGAUCAGAUCAUUGCACCAAGCUCUUCACCACAAGACUCUCAGCCCCUGUCCCAUAGCCACAUGAGUAGUGAUGAAGACUUUUUGGUUAUUGAAUUGGGGGGAGAAGAUGAAGUUACAUUACCACAAAGGCAACAAGAAAGAAAUGAUUCACUUCAAGUUUCAGUGCAGCCUAGAAGUCAUUCACCAAAGAAGUUGGAAAAGAAGCAUGAAAACUUAAAACCAAGAAAGUUCCACCAUGUUUCAAUCAUGGGAGAUGAGUGCAUUGAUGUAAGAAAGAAAGAUGAUCAGUUUUCUAUUCAACCCAUCAGGAGAUCUUUCUCAAUGGAUUCUGCAGCUGAUCAACAUCUUUAUUUAACCGUUCAAGCAAUCAUUCAACAAAAAAUGCAUCACAACGAGGUUAGUACAAGUGAAGAUUGUGAUAGCAGAGGUCGAAGAUCGUUCUUCCCAUUUAGGCAUGGCCGAGGAUCUAGAAAUGCAAUUCUUCCUAUUGAGUGUGAGCUGUAAUAAGACCUAAUUUUAUUUACUUUUUCAAUUUUCA